CUGCGCAUCCUGCGGCGUGCCGGCGCCUGGGCCGACGUGGUCUCGCCGGGGGAGAUCCUCCUGGCGCGCGCCGCCGGCUUCCCGCCGGAUCGCCUCCUGUACAACGGCAACUCCGCUUCCGAUGACGACCUGCGCGCCGCGCUCGACCAGGGGGUGCGCAUCAACGUCGAGUCGUUGUCGCAGCUUCGCCGCCUGGCCGCCCGGGCGCCGGGCACCGCCGUCAGCAUCCGCUUCAACAUCCACGUCGGCGGCGGCCAUCACUCGCACGUCAUCACCGGCGGCCCGGAGAGCAAGUUCGGGAUCGACUGGGAGCAGGCAGACGAGGCGCGCACCAUGGCCGCUGCCGGCAGGCUGCGGGUGGCCGGCGUGCACUGCCACAUCGGUUCCGGCGUGCUGCAGGCGGAACGGUUCGUGCAGGCGGUGUCCAAUCUGCUCACCGUGGCGCGGCGGUUUCCCGGACUGGAGCAGGUAAACUUCGGCGGCGGGAUCGGCAUCCCCUACCGGCUGGAGGAGCAGGAGCUGGCCGUCGACCGGCUGGGAGCCCUGCUGACCGCAGAGUACGAGCGGUUCUGCGGGGAAUGCGGCGCGCGCCCCGCGCUCUGCCCUGGAGCCGGGGCGCUUCCUGGUGGCCCGCGCCGGCACCCUGCUGUGCCGCGUCACGGCGGUGAACCAAGCGCGGAAGUACUUGUUCGCCGGCACGACACCGGCUUCAACCAUCUGAUCCGUCCGGCGAUGUACGGGUCCUACCAUCGCAUCGAAGCCGCCGAACCGCGUCCGGGUGAGGAGCAGCCCACGGUGGUGACCGGCAACAUCUGCGAGUCCGGCGACGUCUUCACCCGCGGCGAGCACGGCAUCGAACCGCGGCUCCUGCCGCCCCUCCGCGAGGGCGACCUGAUCGCGAUCCGCGACACCGGCGCGUACUGGUAUGCGACGGCGCCGCGACCCUGA